AUGGAUUUCGCACCACACUCGGCCAGCGGCCCUACGGGCAUGACAUCGUUCCCCGACCUAAUGAACGACCCAGCUUUCGAUGACCGGGAGGGAGGAAUGGAAGAUAUGGAUACAUGCCGAAUUUGUCAUGGAGAAGCAACGGAGGAGGAGCCACUGUUCUAUCCCUGCAAAUGUAGCGGUAGUAUCAAGUUCGUCCAUCAGAGCUGCUUGGUGGAGUGGCUGUCACAUUCGCAGAAGAAGCACUGCGAGCUCUGCAAAACGCCCUUCCGAUUUACGAAACUAUACGAUCCUAAUAUGCCCCAAAGUCUCCCGACGCCCUUAUUCCUACAACAGGCUUUGAUUCAAACUCUCCGAACCAUGGUGACAUGGCUGCGCUUUGUUCUCGUGGCGUUUGUGUGGUUAGGUUGGCUGCCCUGGUCGAUGCGAGCGAUCUGGAGGGCGCUUUUCUGGCUCGCUGACGGCCGCUGGUCGGCCGGUGGGACAGUCCAGCAACGAGGCGCGCAAGCCAUCCAGAAUGGUGUCGAGAAACUGGCUACCAACGCCAGCGUAGUUGCCACUGCUGCGCUCAAUUCGGUGACUUCGGGCGCUUCGAGUGCCGCUUCUUCCUCAGCCAUCGCUGCCCCGUCGGCUCAAGCUGCUACUAUCAGCUUCCCAGCCGGCGAUCCGCUCAUGCUUACAUUAAUCAAGAAAAUAAUUCCUACUCUGUUUAUCCCUGCCUGGUCAUCCAGCAGCAGCGAGAGCGGCCCUCUUGCAAAUGGUCUCUCUGGCUCACCAAAACCGCGGUACCCGUCAUGGCUAUCGGAUGUCAAGUUUCUCAAUACGCUGACACCCUACCCGACAAUCAAUAACAUGAUCAUCGACACUCUGGAGGGCCAACUCAUUACUCUGCUCGUGGUCGUUGCUUUUAUUAUUCUGUUCCUGAUUCGAGAAUGGGUCGUUCAGCAGCAGCCCAUGGCCAACAUUGCUGAAGGAGAGCGCGAAGCAGCAUUGCAGCUGAUCGCAAACAAUCGCCCCAAUGAGGAAGUCAACGGAUUACGCCCGGACGUUGCCCCGCCUCAACCCCAUGAAGAGGUUGAACCCGAACAGAAUCCGCUGGCAGAAGAUACGGACGACGAUGUACCCGCUCGUGCUGCCAACCAUUCUCCCGCACCGUCCUGGACCGACUCUGACGAUGGGCUCCCGGUUUAUGAUAGGCAAGCAGGCUUCCGGGAUUACGAUUUCCCAAGAGAUCCGUUCCAGGACGAUCCUCAUAUGGAAAUCGGCCAUCCAGAGCGCCAAGCGCCGACCACUCCACAGUAUUCAGACGUGUCGCUGUUUCAAGAUAUCCUGGCUCGUGCAAACGGCGAUCGUGACGAAAUCCUUCGAAUUAUUCGACAAGAAGGCCAUGAAGAGGAACUAAGUUGGAUUGUUGACGCACUUACCAGGUCACCGCUUGACCAACCACUCCCUGGGCCAUCUACUCGCGCAACAGGGCUUUUCCAAAACCAGCCCGCAACUGCUCAGGAUACAUUGGACCCGGAGAGUGAAGAUGGCGAUGUACACUCACAAGCUGACGAAAUCACUGGGCAGGAGGCCCACAUCCAGCAGCCCGCGGCAACAAGAGAGGUUGAGAGUCCAAUUAAUAUUCCAGUUGAACAGCAACGUCCAAAGAAUCUGGGCGAUCGACUGAUCGAUUGGUUCUGGGGAGAUAUUGCACCUGAUCACCACGAUCAUGACGACCUACCCCUAGAGGAUGACGAGCAGAUCAUGCAAGACCCAGCCUUGGAAGAUCCUUUUGUCCCUGUUCCAAACCGAUUGGAAGGGCCGCCUGCCGAAGGAGCGGCGUUCGUUGGAGGCGCGGCUGAUGGGGCGCUAGAAGGCAAUGACGUGGAUGCAAUUGAAGGCGAUGAUUUUGAAGGAAUCAUGGAUCUCAUCGGCAUGCAAGGUCCCAUCUUUGGACUCUUGCAGAAUGGCGUUUUCUGCGCUCUCCUAAUUGCCUUCACGGUCGCUAUUGGGAUCUGGCUUCCCUACUUGUGGGGUAAGAUUGCUCUUGUCCUUUUGGCCAACCCUCUGGAGCUCAUCGUUGGUGUUCCUAUGACUGCUAUCACAGUGGUUGCAGAUAUCGUGCUUGAUACUCUGAUUGGCGUUGUAGGCUACGUUAUGUACUGGCUGAGCUUCACCUUCAAAGUCCUUCUCAGUCCAUUUGGUGCUCUGGUCCCUGCCCUCGAAUGGAUUCCUCGAACCAAAUCCAUCACUAGCACAUCGCUAUCUCUCAUUGACAAAAGCACCGAUCGUUUGAACAAGGUCGUCCAGGCUUUCCUGGUAUUCCAUGAGUCUGAUAUACCCAUGUUCUCUGUGCUUUCUCACCAGGCCCUCAAACUACAUCAAGCUCGUGUCAUGACCCUCUUUCGAUCUGCAUUUGCCGUUUUCAAGUUUGUUCUACAUGACUUUCCUCUCCGGCUGAUGACCCUUGGGAUCCCGGGUGCGCUGUCAUUUGAUAUCGACUUGUCCCAGCUGAAGAAUGCCACCGUCCAAGCACAGCAUUACGUUGGGAACUUUACUAGAUCAUCAAUUUUUGCCAACUCCGGGACGAAACUCAUGAAUGCAAGUGCUGCUCGAACAGCUUCUGCCACUGUGCCGGUUGACUACGAUCUGGCUGUAUGGGAUACCAAAGAUCGUGUCAUUGCCAUUGCGAUGGGUUAUCUUCUAGCAACAAUGAUCGGCUUCCUGUACCUGCGAGUCACCGGAUUGCUCGCUGGGGCCAACCGUGGCCAACGAAUCGAAGGAAUCGUCGCCGAGGUGCUUCUACAAGCUGGGGGAGUGAUGAAAGUCAUUCUCAUCAUUGGCAUUGAGAUGAUCGUCUUCCCCCUCUACUGUGGUACACUAUUGGAUGUUGCCUUGCUUCCCUUGUUUUCCAAUGCUACUAUUUCCUCGCGCAUCGCCUUCACAGUUGGGUCUCCACUGACAUCGCUUUUCGUGCACUGGUUCAUUGGCACUUGUUACAUGUUCCACUUUGCCUUGUUCGUUUCCAUGUGCCGAAAGAUCCUGAGAAGCGGUGUUCUCUAUUUCAUCCGUGAUCCCGAUGACCCGACUUUCCAUCCGAUCCGCGACGUUCUCGAGCGCAGUAUUACCACACAGCUUCGGAAAAUUGCGUUCAGCGCUCUGGUCUACGGUGCCUUGGUAAUUGUCUGCCUAGGUGGCGUUGUUUGGGGUCUGUUUUAUGCAUUCAAUGGCGUUCUUCCUAUCCAUUGGUCCGCUAGUGCCCCAAUGCUCGAAUUCCCGGUGGACCUGCUGUUCUACAAUUUCAUCAUGCCGUUGGCAAUUCAAUCCGUCAAACCCUCAGAUGGAUUGCACGACCUGUACGACUGGUGGUUCCACAAGUGCGCUCACUUCCUGCGCCUGAGCAACUUUUUCUUCCCUGAAAGACACCCCGAAGAAGAAGGGCGCCAUGUUCGGCGAUCCUGGUGGGGUCUACUUUCAGGAAGCAAGGGUGACUGGGAACACCCUGUCAUUGGAGAUGAAGCGCAGGCUGCCGCCGAAGCAGAGAACCGUGACGUUUAUUUCCUACGGGAUGGCCGGUAUGUCCGUGCCCCUGCUUCCGACCAGGUCCGUAUCCCCAAGGAUACGCAGGUAUUCUUGGACGUGACCGAGGACAAUGACCGUGUUGAUGGGAAACCUGACACGAACGAUGGUCUUCAUGGCCGUGAAAAUCCCACGUUCACCAAGGUCUACAUUCCACCACACUUCCGAACUCGCAUUGCUGCCUUCAUCCUGUUCAUCUGGCUGUUUGCCGCCACCACCGGGGUAGGCAUCACCGUUGUACCGCUGGUUAUUGGACGCAAGAUCACCUCCGUGUGCUUCUCCAGCCCAGUUCCCGUCAACGAUAUCUACGCCUUUUCCAGUGGCCUCUCUGUGGUCGGUGCCCUAGCCUACACCGCAUACUAUUGCCGAGCUGCCCUUGGAUUCCUUCGCGAGAAUUGGGGAACAUACCUGCAGUCCCCGCGAGAACUGGGCUUACUCAUUACUGACCUCGUGCUCGAUGCGGCCCGACUUGUGUACAUUGCGGUUGCUCUGGUGGUUGUGCUCCCGUCGCUCUUUGCGCUGUUGACCGAGUUGUACAUUCUCAUCCCGGCACAUACCUUCCUCGGUGAUGGACAUGAUCACGUGGUGCACGUUGUUCAGGAUUGGACGCUGGGGGUGCUGUACGUGCAAAUGGCGAUCAAGCUUAUCCUGUGGCACCCUCACUCUUGGCCUGCGGCCGUGCUCAAUGGUAUCUUCCGCGAUGGCUGGUUCAAGCCCAAUGUUCAACUGGCGACCCGCGCUUUGAUUCUGCCGCUGGCGCUUUUCACCGCCGCGGCUGUGGCCGCGCCACUAUCAUUGGGUGGUGUCCUGCGAUGGACCCUUUUCUAUACGCGUAUUGAGGCGCAGCCUGACAUCUAUCGCUAUGCCUACCCAGCGACCUUGCUGGUCGUCCUGGCCGCGUGGUCUGUCCACCUGGCCCUGCGACGGGUGGCGAUUUGGCGCAUCAACAUCCGCGACGAUGUAUAUCUAAUCGGCGAGCGGUUGCAUAACUUUAGCGAGAAGCGGGCGCGGGACGUUGGAGUCUCGCGGCGGGUGAUUACGGGCUAA